AUGUCAACUCCAACCAAGAAAUCAAAAUCCGCCAAACGCGAGUCGGCAGAGAAUAAGACCGUCAACGCUCUGGAAGAAAUCCCGUCCGGAAUCACCAUCAUCUCGCCAGCAGGGGACGUCGUACUGCUCGUCCAACGAGACGCUCCCACACAAGAGACAUGCAGAUACCGUGUCGACUCGGGCAGGCUGAAAGAAGCCUCGACCUACUUUAGUCGGCUCUUGUCAGGCGAUUACAAGGAAGGCACCCUCGUGGCCCUCGCCCACGAACAACUCAAGACCAAAUACACAACCUUGGACACAUCCGUACCUGCCGAUGAGCUCCCUGAAGUCAAGAUUGUAGACGUCGGUCGCAUAUCACCCUCGGUCAAGACCAUCAAACCGCUCAUGGCCGACUUCCUGUGCGCCUUGCACGCUCGCGACUUGACCACCGUCACCCCACCUCUGGCAAACAUCGCCAACCUCUGCAUCGUCGCCGACCGCUUUGACUGUCUUGUGCCAUGGCGUGCCUACUGCAAGAGCCAUAAGAUGAUUGCCGCUCUGGACGCCAAAUCCAACACCAAACUUACUGCCACAUGGACGGAAGAGCGCACGCGCCAACGCUUGCUGGUCGGUAUCUUUCUGGAAAAUGCGAGCUGGGUAUAUCAAGCCUCUCUGCGUCUUAUACACCGUGGCUGGGUCGGCCACGAGCCUGAAGAAGAUGCUGCUCUGUGGUGGGAUCUCCCCAUGGGCAUUGAAGACGAAUUGCUGUUCCGCCGGGAUUGCAUACUCCAGACCACUCAGUCGAUACAGACACAUUUCCUCGCCCUAUACACGUCUCGCGACCGCCAGUGUAAGCUCGGCUACACCAGCAGUGCCGAAUGCGAUAUGUUCCAGCUAGGCCAGACAAUCAAGUUCUUCAAACGCAUCAACACUCUCUCGUUGCAGAGCACCAUUUUCGCAACCACGGACGCCCCCGAGCCCUAUGAUGGUGAAAUCUUGGACCUGGUCGACAGCUUCAAACAAGCCCCCGAGUAUCAAGUAGACAACAAUCAUCAUCAUUGUGGCAUUCGCACACGCAUCAUGCCUCUGCUAGAUCUCUUGGUGCUUGCUUUGGGCGAGGUCGGUAUAUGUUGGUGGUGCUGGCAAGAGUGUCGGCACGAGUAUGCCUGGUCCAAAGUCAAGAGACCGCUUAUUUGGAAGAAAGACUCUGCUGGCGCGAGCAUGUAUCAACACUACAAGAACCGGCAGGCUCAAAGUCAUCUCUUUAAGCAUCUCGACACGAGAGAUCUUUUUAUGGCUAAUGAGAGGCUCUGGACGGGUUGA